ACAGAAAGACUGGGAACGAGAGCAGUAGACUACACACAAUAGUGCGGCGUGCGAGAGUGAACUUUAAUAUUGUGGAGCUUCUCAAACUUUGACAGAGAAAUCUGACACAAAAAGGUGUCCGACGGAUGUUUUGACCUUCAGGGCGUCGGAGGGUUAACCUCUUAAUACUACGAAAAUCAACAAAGUUUUGUAUUAAAGGGAAUUUGCGGUUUUUUAGAUUUAGCUCGUUAAACAACUAAAUAGCUAGCUUGCUGGCUAGCUACAUCUUCACACACGGACCUGCAACUUGCUUGUCUACAGCGUUGUUUCAGGAAUACUUAGCUAGCAGCUUGCUAGCAUUGUAGCAAACAGAUUUUCAUCCCAGAAUGGACAAAGUGGUUGUCACUGAAAAGAAAAGGGUGAGCUCGGAGCGCAGGAAGGAGAAGUCCAGAGAUGCGGCGCGGAGCCGGAGGGGGAAGGAGUCGGAGGUGUUCUACGAGCUGGCCAACGAGCUGCCCCUGCCCCACAGCGUCACCUCCAACCUGGACAAGGCCUCCGUCAUGAGGCUGGCCAUCAGCUACCUGCGCGUGCGGAAGCUGCUCAACGCCGAUGAUGCAGUGGUGGAGUCUGACCUGGACUCCCAGCUCAACAGCUUCUACCUGAAGGCUCUGGAAGGCUUCCUCAUGGUACUGUCUGAGGAUGGAGACAUGAUCUAUCUCUCCGAGAACGUCAGCAAGUGCCUGGGACUCGCCCAGUUCGACCUGACGGGACACAGCGUCUUUGACUACGCUCACCCCUGCGACCACGAGGAGAUGAGGGAGAUGCUCGUACACAGAACAGGGUCUUCCAAAAAAGCCAAGCAGCCGAACACAGAGCGAAGCUUCUUCCUGCGCAUGAAGUGCACACUCACCAACAGGGGACGCACCGUCAACGUCAAGUCAGCCACGUGGAAGGUGCUCCAGUGCACGGGGCACAUCAGAGUGCAGAAGAGCGAAGAUGCCCAGGAGGAGUGCGGCUUCAAGGAGCCCCCCGUCCCGUACCUGGUGCUCAUCUGCGAGCCCAUCCCACACCCCUCCAACAUCGAGUUCCCCCUGGACAGCAAGACCUUCCUCAGCCGCCACACUCUGGACAUGAAGUUCUCCUACUGCGACGAGAGGAUCACAGAGCUGAUGGGAUACAAGCCUGAGGACCUGCUGAAUUGCUCCGUAUACGAGUACUACCACGCCCUGGACUCAGACCACCUCACCAAGACUCACCAUAACCUGUUUGCCAAGGGCCAGGCCACCACAGGUCAGUACCGCAUGCUGGCUAAGAGGGGAGGCUAUGCCUGGGUGGAGACCCAGGCCACCGUCAUCUACAACAAUAAGAACUCCCAGCCCCAGUGCAUCGUGUGCGUCAACUACGUGCUCAGCGGGGUGGUGCAGGAGGACCUCAUCCUGUCCCUGGAGCAGACGGAGGAGAAGGCCGAGCCCCUGGAGAAGGAGAGUCCCCAGGCCGACGUGGUCAAGCUCUUCACCAAGGUGGCGGAGGCCGGCGGCACGGACAGCCUGUACGAGCAGCUGAAGAAGGAGCCCGAUGCCCUCACCCUGCUGGCUCCUGCAGCUGGAGACACCAUCAUCCCCCUGGACUUCAGCUGCCCAGAAGCUGAGAUCCUGGUGGUGAAAGAGGUCCCUCUCUACAACGACGUGAUGCUGCCCUCCAGCAGUGAGAAGCUGCCCCCCAGCAAGCCUGCCCAGUCCCUGGUCACCAAGCUGGAGCCCGGCCGUGAGACUUUCCCCUUCUCCGAAGCCUGUUCCCAGGACACCAGCACCCCCUCAAACUCCAGCACCUGCCCCAGUUCCCCAGAGCCUGGUAGCCCGAUGGACUUCUGCUUCCGUGUGGACUCUGAUAUCGGUGGCGAGUUUAAGCUGGACCUGGUGGAGAAACUGUUUGCCAUCGACACAGAACCCAAGACUCCUUUUACUACACAGACCAUGCAGGACCAGGACCUGGACCUGGAGAUGCUGGCUCCCUACAUCCCCAUGGACGAUGACUUCCAGCUGCGCACGCUGUCCCCCGUGGAGGCCCCGCGGCCCAGCCCGGCCAAGCCCAGCCCCGCCCGGGCCCCCGCCGCCCUGCACCUCCACGAGCUGUGCACCUCUCCCAGCUCCCCCUUCAGCCAGAGCGCCUCCCCCGCCCCCUCAGAGGAGCCCCUCGCCCUGCGCUGCGCCUCCCCACUCGGUGCACCUUCCAAGAGGCUUCCUCUGGAUGGACAGCUCACUCCCAGGAUGGUGGCUGUACAAAACCUUCAGCGUAAGAGGAAGCUGGAGGACGUCACCACCUUGUCCCAGGCUUUUGGACUGGGUGCCUUGCAGUUGUCCGACCCUGCCAAGCUGGGAAAAAAGGCCAAGCUGCUGGAGACCGGCGGCUCAGAGCUGCUGUCCAGUAAGACCAUCCUUCUCCUGCCUUCAGAUCUGGCGUGCCGCCUCCUGGGGACCUCGUUUGAGGGCAGCGGACUCCCCCAGCUCACGCGGUACGACUGCGAGGUCAACGCCCCGGUCCUGGGCCGACAGCACCUGCUGCAGGGAGAGGAGCUGCUGAGAGCCCUGGACCAAGUCAUCUGACCUGAGCACCAGCCUGCCGCUUAACCCCACACCCCGCUGCCCCAGCCAAGACCCCUCUAUUUAUAUUUUCUAUGUUUAGUUAUUUUACACGUCUGCUCCCGUCUCGCUCCAUGCAGCGCAUAGAUCUCAAUGGACUUCCCAUUGAACAUAUAUUAUAUAACACAGCAGCAGCCUUGAGGUCACCUUAGCCUUGAGCACCUGGAGGGAGGAGUGCACCAGCGGUGUUACCGCGGUUCAAACCCAAUCACCCGUGACACGCAGUUAGCGGUUUGAAAAAGACGCGUCUAACUUUCUGUCUCCACGGCCCCGGUGCUUUCGCCAGUGGUGUACUGUAGCUUCAAUCGCACAAUUAUAUAUUUUCUUAAAAAAAAUAAAUAAAAAUAAACGACAAAAAAAGAACGAUUCCGAGCAGACCAUGCAAUACGAGGCAUUUUUAAGACUACUUUAAUGAAAGAUUCAACAUUUAUUUUUUUUUCUCCUGUAUUUUCUUUCCUGUUCUGUGUCAUGGUAGAGUGCAUAAAAUGUUCAGUCUCGAUUCCUUUUCGUCGACCCUGUCUAAUCUGUCACGGUCUGAGUGUAACAUCUGUUAGUGGUUUGCCAAUAUAUGCGGCUUCAGAAGUUGUAUGUCAGUCCAUGUAUGUUGCUGUGUAUAUGUUUGCAUAGAUCACCUUUGACCUUUAGAAUGACAAAGAUUGUGUGUAAAAACACCAGCAAAAUGAACAUUUUGAAAUGGAAAAUUGAUUGUGAAACGGGAUCGAGUAAUGUGGACCUGAAAUUGUUUUUGUUUUUUUCCGUGUUAGCAAGGGAAGUUGGUUGAGCGAUUUGUAGUCUAAUUCUGAAAUAGAUUUUAAAAUAUAUAUAUUUUAGUUACGUUAGUCACUUUUUUUCAGCCAGCUGAAAGGCAGCCAUGCUGUAGACUUAAAUCCUCAUGCUUAAUCACUGUAGUAUAACCGUACGUUAAGCUUAAUUGGCGUAUUGUUGAUCAGACGAGCAAGCCCGUUUUCCAAGCUUCACGUUGUGUUUAAUGGUGGCAGUUAUGCAAUGUUGGUGCUCUUGCUUGUUGCCGUCAGUAAUAAUAAUCAUGUCAUAAUGCAUCUGUUGACUUUUUUUUGUGUCAUUUCCUAAUAUAGGAUUUUUGUCAUAUGUAUAAACGUCUGUUAAUUCAUCCUUCUGCUGUCUGUGGUUUGGUCUUCUAACACUAAAUGUAUUGUUUUAUUGCAUCAGUAAAUGAAAUAUGUGGACCAGGCUA